CACACACACACACACACACACACACACACACACAGAGACAGUCUGGCUCAUGUACUGAGAAAAUCAGAGAACACAUAGGAAGGACAGCUUCACACUGUCUCUCUCUCUCUUUCAUCUAGACAGAUAGACAGAUGCAGGGACAGUGAGCUGUAAGAGGUGAUCGAGAUAUAGUAAAAUAGAAAGAGAGACAGAGAGAAAAACAGAGUGAACGAGAGAGAGGGAGAGAGGGGGAGAGAGAGAGGGAGAGACAGGUGAGUCUGUCUCUCUCUCUCGUCCACAGAAAUUGUCACACUGGCCUCUGGAACAGCGAUGGCCUUCACCUUUGCCGCCUUCUGCUAUAUGCUCACGCUUGUCCUUUGUGCUGCACUUAUCUUCUUUGUCAUCUGGCAGAUCAUUGCUUUUGAUGAACUGAGAACAGACUUUAAAAACCCCAUAGACCAGAGCAACCCAACCAGAGCGAGAGAGAGAAUCCUGAACAUCGAGAGAAUCUGUAACUUGCUCAGGAGGUUGGUGGUUCCUGAAUAUUCUAUCCAUGGUUUGUUCUGUCUGAUGUUCUUGUGUGCUGGUGAGUGGGUCACACUUGGUCUCAACAUCCCCCUGCUCUUCUACCACAUGUGGAGGUUUUUCCACCGGCCGGCUGAUGGCUCUGAGGUGAUGUAUGACCCUGUCAGUGUAAUGAAUGCAGAUAUUCUUAAUUACUGCCAAAAAGAGUCUUGGUGCAAACUGGGAUUCUACCUGCUCUCCUUCUUCUACUACCUGUACAGCAUGGUUUAUGCUCUGGUCAGCUUCUGAUUGAUGAAGAACUGACAAAAGGAAGAAGAAACAAGAAAGAAAGAAUGUACAAUGUUCCGUUCUCCUCCUCCUCCUCAGCCAACAACAGAAAUGCCUGGAGACCCGCUGAGGUGCUGGUGGAGAGAGAGAACGUGAGAAGCUCGGGCAGCAGUGAUGUUUUAUUUCUUUAAGGGCUGCUGAACAUUUCUGCUGCUCAGAGUGAGACGGCGAAUCACCUCCAGUGCGAUGAGACGUGAUCAUCACUGAUGAUCAUCUUCUGAUCUACAGACUCCAGAUUCGAUGCCAUACAAUAUUGAUUUUCAUUUGCGAAAAGAUUUUUGUGUUGAAGACCUCUGUUUAGUUUUAAAGUGUUAGAUUAGUGAAUAAGCUUUCACUGUUUUAGUCCAGUGGUAGAUUCGAUUUACUUUAAUAAUAUAUCCAUUUUAUUCUA